UUUCUUUCUACUUCCCUUUCUCUUUUCCUGUCUUUUCCCAUCUCUCUCUCUCCCUUCCUUCCUUCUCUCUCUCCCUUCCUUCCCUCCAUCCUUCUGCCUUCCUACAAGCAUCCCCCUUGGCCCCCGUUGUUCCAUGUCCCAAGCUCGGCAAAUCUGGAGCCAGACAGAGGCUCCAAGUCUUCUCCUUGCCUUUCAAGCUGGAGGAAGGAAGAGAAAACCGUGGUGGGGAGAAGGCAGAGGCCACUCCACAAGGAGCUUUCCUCCUCCUCCCUCGAUGCUCUCUCUUCCUUCCUCCAGCUUUCCGGUCCUCAGAGGGUUCCUCUCCCCCGUCAGGGGCAGAGUCUGAGGAAUCCUGUGGGGAUCUGGACCCGAAUGAAAGUGCUGUCCUCUCCAAGUACCCGAGUCAAGUACAUUCCGUGCAGGGCUGAGUGAGUGGAGGCUUCACUUUCAGUGGCCUUGAGAAAGCGGCCUUAUCUGGAGCUUGUGCUCAAUAAGGCUGAGACUUUCGUGAACCAAAACUGAGCUUUGAAAUAAACCUUAUUCACCAAACCCAGCCUCCCUGGCUCCUUCCUUUCAAUGCGGAAGGGGCUAGAGGAGGUUGGACCACCCAGAAGUCUAUUUCUGGUUGUGUCCAACACCUGGGGGCACCCAAAGGUCCCACACCCCCAGCUGAGUUGGUUCAAUUCAAAUCCAGGCAUCUAGUUGACAAGGCUGAGUCUCUUCUGGAAAGAGAACCCUCCUGUGAUCUUAAUGGACUCGGAGGGUUUCGGAGACAUAGAUCAGAAGCAGGGAUGUUGCUACCUUAGGUCUCGUGCUAACUUUUCUCAACCAUAAUGAACCCUAAAGGACCACACCGGCAUAGCUUCUGGAAGCUUCCCAGCUUCAAUCAGGUCACAGCUAGCUGGAUGUAGCCCCAGGGUUCCCUUCUUAAUGGCCAUUUGGUUCAACAGUUUGACCAGGAACACGAGCUCUAGACCAAACCAAACAGAAACCUUUAUCUCUAACCUACUUUGGUGCAGAGCUUCCAGGAUAUGCUGCGAUUAAAGCCUGCUCAGGAGGAAGGGUUUUUUUUUUAACCUGGGUGGGAACCUCAUAUUCACAGAGAAGGAGGGGGGAAGUCUUUGGAAGAGCUGAGAGAACAGAAAGCCAUCUUUCCUGGGACUCCUCCCAGAUAUCGGCAUUCCCAUUCACUCAGAGUCCAAGCUUGCUGAGUCAGUGGCCAGACCUGGACUUUCCCUGCGGCGACAUGUGUUGGUCCAGCCUAGACUGCAGAAGGACAAAGCCCCUCAAUCAUGUCUAGAUGGGGUCUUAGCAACAGUAAGGUGUUAACUGUGAUGACGUUAAGUAAGGAUUCUUCUGCUUUUCCUUGCUGCCUUCUAGCCACGUAAGGGGGAGUCAGAACCAAUUCAUUUCCUGCUUUUCGUUACUUGUGCUCUGCAACCUCAUCCUUUCGGGGCCUUUGAUUCGUUCUAAACAAUCUCAGCCAAUAGCUUAAUUAACUGCUUCACUCUACAAACCACCGCGUCAAGAUUUAUGACCCAAGAUGGGGAAUCCUCAAUGCCCUGGACCUCCUAUAACGAUGUCGCAGGAGAAUGUGGUGUGAGAGGACUGUCACGUCCCAGGUCUCGGCCAUGCUCAGCACACAGGCACCUUUCUUCUUCCCCACGGCCCCCUUCAUCCUCUUUGUCUUCACGGCUUCCACCGUAUUUCACCUUCAGCAGAGGCUAGUGAAGAUUCAGCCCACAUGGGAGUUACAGACGCUGGAGCUAGCAACCGAGGAAUCUCCCUCGAGCCCCCAGCAGAGCCCCCGGCCAAAGGGCAUGUGGACGAUCAAUGCCAUAGGCCGCCUGGGGAACCAGAUGGGGGAGUACGCCACCCUGUACGCCCUGGCCAAGAUGAAUGGGCGGCCGGCCUUCAUCCUGCCCCAGAUGCACAGCACGCUGGCCCCCAUCUUCAGAAUCACCCUCCCCGUCCUGCACGACACCACGGCCAGCAGGAUCCCCUGGCAGAACUACCCCCUGAACGACUGGAUGGAAGAGCGGUACCGACACAUCCCGGGAGAGUACGUGCGCCUCACCGGCUACCCCUGCUCGUGGACCUUCUACCACCACCUCCGCGCCGAGAUCCUCCAGGAGUUCACCCUGCACGACCACGUGCGUGAGGAGGCCCAGAAUUUUCUGCGGGGUCUGCAGGUGAAUGGGAGCCGGCCGAGCACCUACGUAGGGGUCCACGUGCGCCGGGGGGACUACGUCCACGUUAUGCCCAACGUGUGGAAGGGCGUGGUGGCUGACCGGGGCUACCUGCAGCAGGCCCUGGACUGGUUCCGGGCUCGCUACCGCUCCCCCAUCUUCGUGGUCACCAGCAACGGCAUGGCCUGGUGUCGGGAAAAUAUUGAGGCCUCCCGUGGGGAUGUGGUCUUUGCCGGCAAUGGCAUUGAGGGCUCACCCGCCAAGGACUUUGCAUUGCUCACGCAAUGUAAUCACACCAUCAUGACCAUUGGGACGUUUGGGAUCUGGGCCGCCUACCUCGCAGGUGGAGAGACCAUCUACCUGGCCAAUUAUACCCUCCCAGACUCUCCCUUCCUCAAAGUCUUUAAGCCAGAGGCAGCCUUCCUGCCAGAUUGGACUGGGAUCGCGGCAGACCUGUCCCCACUCCUCAAGCACUGAUGUUAGUUGGUCCAUCAGCACUCCAUUCCCCUCUUCUGGAUCCCCCAAGAUCUGUUCCAAGGUAUGAGAAGCACAUUAUUACAUGUUCCAGAACACUGCCCUCUUGUACCAUAAUGCUUCAGGCUGCAAGUAACAGAAGUCCCAACUAACUUGUUUAAAUAACAUGUUCAUGUGUCUCACACAACAGGACCAGAGGUGGCACAUCUCCAGGGUUAAUUUAGCAGCUCAACCAGACCCCAGUUCUGGGACUUCCCUGGUGGCGCAGUGGUUAGGGGUCUGCCUACCAAUGCAGGGGACAUGGGUUCGAGCCCUGGUCCAGGAAAAUCCCACAUGCUGC